GUGCAGUUUGUCGCUGUGAACUGCUGGUGGCAUCAGGGCAAAUGCAGGAAGCAGAAGAGCUUCUUCCAGUAUCCAGUCAUUCAUCUCUACUACUGGAGGUUCGGUCCGAUCGAGUACAGAGGUCCGGUUCAGUCUGAGUAUCUGGAGAGCUUCAUUCUGAGGGUUUCUACUCCACUAACAUACCUGCCCACCAGCAGAGCCCUGCACACCUUCCUCACACACCAGCAGGGUGUGGUGGGUUAUUUCCAGUUUAACUCGUCUCCUCAGCCGGCCGGUUACAUCAGCUUCUUGUUCUCAGCUCUGCACGCGCUCAGACGAGAUCAUCAGGGGGCGGUGCGCUUCGCUGUGGUGACCAAUCAGGCGGUGGCAGAGGGCGUGUCACUCAGAGAGGAUGAAAGUGUGUAUUUACACCGGCGUUUGAACAGCUCGCUGGUGUUCCCGCGAGCGCAGAGGAACUUCACCGCUCAGGCCGUCUGUGAUUGGGUGUUUGAGAACAGAGAGAGCGUCGUCCACUGGAUUCAGCCAACGGGAGCCAAGAGUUACUCGCUGGAGGCGGAGCUACAGAAAGGCCCCGCCCUCCUCACCUUCCUCCCACACAAUCCCCUCUCAGCCAAUCAGCUGCUCCACCAGGUGACUGAUGUGGCGUGGCGUUAUCACUCCUGCGGCUCCGAGGGCGGUGUGUCUUCUGUCCCGCGCUGCUGUCGGUCCCUGCUGGCGCCCGCCGCUGAAGCGAGUGUGUGUGAGCUGUGUGUCUCUCACUGCUGGGCUCUGGGUGUGUGUGUGGAGCACGUCCAGCUCUCCAGCGCCCCCUGCAGGAGCGUCCAGGGCUCGUACAGUCCGUACAGUCAGAUCAGUGUGUGUUGCAGGAGCGUCCCGAGGCCCGUCACCGGCUCCGUCACUGGCUCCGUCACCGGCCUUCAGUGCCGAACCAACAAGACGCUGCGCUUCUACGUGCUGGACGCCGCACUGCACUGGACACUGGCACAGAGACUCGGAGCGACCAAUCACAGCGGCCGGCCCUUCAUCACCAUCAUCAACCUCAGAGACGAGACGCACUACGUGCUCAAGCACAACGACUCACUGGAAGAUUUCAUCCAGAACUUCAGCGUCUCCUUCAGUCCUUUACAUAGACAUCUGGUGGGACACAAACAACAUCAGCACACUCAGUCCCUCAUACAGGAAGUGACAUCAGACAGCUUCCUGGACACCGUCAUGGACUCCCAGAGGGACGUGCUGCUGUUGUAUUAUUCGACCUGGUGUGGCUUCUGCUCGCUUCUCAAUCACGUGUUUCUUCAACUGGCCCGUCUGUUCCAGGGAAACGGCGCCCUCACGGUGGCCAGAGUGAAUGUUGGCCGUAAUGAUCUGCCCUGGGAGUUUAUGGUGGAUCAUCUGCCCUCCGUGCUGCUCUUCCCCCGACACAGGAAGCAGAUGAGUGUCAAGUUUCCAGAAAACACACCCAUGACGGUUCCCAACCUGCUGCGGUUCGUUCUGCAGCACACUAGCCACGCCCCCUGGGAGGAGUCAGACAGAGGGGCGGAGUCAGCGUCCCGGCUGGGGGCGGAGCUUCAUAGACUGCAGCGGGAAGUGUUAGGAGGACAGGAAGGGAAGUGCGAGGCUUCCUGAUGAGUGACAGACUGAGAUCAUGGCAGAAUCUCACAAAACUGCUCAAGAACACGUCCAGCUCAUAUUUCAUGUUCUGGUGAUUAAUAAUGAGUGUCGUUACAGACGUGAGCGAUCAGUGAAGAUGUUCCUCUGAUUCUCAACAGCACAUUUUGACUUUAUGAGGGUUUAAAGAGAAACACUGUUAAAAAAAAAAGAAGAAGU